AUGUUCCAUCGCCGUUACGCUUCGGAGUGUUACGACCAUGUGAUGGUGACCGAGCCUGCCACGGUGCAGGAGGGGAUCGAGCUCGGCUAUCUCUUCUCGGUGAGAAUCUUCGCGGAGGUGAACGUCUUCUGUCGUAAUUGUUUGGUCCUCCAUAUCCUCUGCUCUGGAACGGAGGGGUUCGAGAACGACGGCGAAAAGUUGGAGGUGAGCGACUGCGCGGACGCCCAUAUCCUCGAUUGCCGGGAACCCAUGUAUCUGCUCGCGGCGGCGGACGAGAUCUUUCCCGUUCCCGCGGUGGAGAGCGUCUCGGGCGGUUGUCAUAUCCUCUCGAACGUGAUCGACCAGAUCUCACUGGCCGAUAACUUUCUCCUCGCCCAUCGAACCUGCGUUGAUUAA